AUGAACGAGCUAAACCUCGAGUCCACGUCUCGCCUGCGUCGACGCAGCUUCUUCGAAAGCAUUGAGACCGACAGCGCCACCUCGUCGAAUGUCACACUGAACGAAGUCGACUUGACGACUGCCGCGUCCACUGGUGGCUCACUCAGCGACUCUGAGAGCACUGGCGGGGACAGUGGUCAGCUAAAACCUGUCAAAGUCGGUACGAGCCACUUCACAGGCGCCACGGACGACCACGACCCAGCUGGUCGGCGGUUUUACUUUCCACCGUGGUCAUGCACACAAGUAGUCCUUAAGUGGCUGCAAGCCGUCUGGCGGUACAUAACCGCUAGCGUUGACGUAGCCGGUACCGCAUGGACAGCGCGGUUCCCUGCUGCAGCGUCCAAAGUCCGUGCCUGGCACCACACGACCGCGCACUUCUGUGUCCAUGGCCCAUACGACUAUAUCAAGCGCAGACGAGGCGACGGCGCAGCGACGCCAGUCAAGUAUUGGGUCUACCCGACGCAGUACCUCACGUACGCGUCCGGGAGCCUGUUUCUGCUCGAGUUACUUCUCUACUGCUACUUUUACACCUUCCCCUUGGACCUCCAGGUUUCCGACUGUGUCUUUCGAGAGCGCUUGUUAGCGUCUGUAACCACCACCCGACAGCUGCCACAAACAGCUGGUUCGACGCCCGUCCAGUCGGUGGCAGCAGCAGCCACCACAUCCACAUCUGCGACACUGAAGUUUCUCGAGCGCCGAUUCGAGCAGCAGUACAGUCCAGGCAGUCGACAGACGGGGCAGACGCGCGUGCCCUGGACUUGUCUCGCGAUUGUGGCUACGGAAAGUGACACGGCCACGGCUCGACAGACGACCGAGUUGGCGUUUCUAUGGCCUCGAAGUCAAGUGGUGACAGCAAGCGCGUUGCACCGGACCGUCGCGAGUCGCGUGCACGUGGCCGUGGGGGCCAAUCCGCUGGACACGAGUGCCGAGCCACCAGCAGUUGCCCGUGCGGGAGUGUUCGCUGCGCUGUUUCCGUUGAGUGCCAUGCGCUCGGCGCUCUUUGCACCGAGAUUCCCGGAUCUUGUGCUGGUGACGACGGAGUUUGCGCUGCGGCAGAUGCUCAAGUUCCGCCAGGAGCGCCAAGAGGAGCGCGACCAUCGAAGAAGAGCAGGAGCUCCUCCGCUACGUGCAGUGGGGUAUACGAACUCACCGACGGAUGUUGCUGCGGCAAGUCACUUUGGUGUGUACUUGCUGAGAGCCACGGUGCCGGAUAUCUACGACCGACGUAUUCGCAAACAGUGGGACGAGUUCCUGCAUGUCGUUGUUGUGGAUGGUUUGGACAAGAAGGAGCAGUUUACAGAGGAACUGCUGUCUGCGUGGGUGGCUCACCCGACGUGGCCCGUCCUGCACGUGCGAUUCCAAAACUCUCUCGGACUCUGCCGGUCUUUUCAGCGACUAGUGAGUAGUAUGAGGAAGGAUUACGAAGCUGGUACAGAAGCCGCAUGGACUCGUGUGCAGAACGUGGACUUGGUGUGUGAAGAAAACGCCAACGCACCUCAGGAGAUCGCGAGGCUGAAGAACGCGAUUGGUAUCCACCUGUUUCCAGUGCCACCGGAGCUGGAGAAGUAUGAGGUGACAGUGCUCGAAAGUUUGGCGGUCGGCGCUGUCACAGUGACGUACAACACACCGAUAAUGCAGGAGUGGGUACCGGAUAGCGCUGGCUUGCGUGUCGGUGUGUUUGACUACGACAGCACAACUGGUGGUACCGAUGAGAACAUGCAAGUAAAAACGGAUGCUGCAGACCAGGACAUGUCCGAUGAUGACAAGGGUGUUGCAAAAGAUGAACAAGAGCUAGCGUAUGGUAGUGCACUCGUAAAGCUCCCAUCGGUGCAUGUGACACGCAGUGAAAUCGAGCACGCGGUUGAGAAAUUACUGUCGCUCGAUCGAGUCAGCCGUGUGGCGGCAGGGCGCUCUGCUCGCGUCCAUUAUAUGCGUAUGCGGACGCACUACUUUUCAGCUGUAGCUGCUCUGGAUGCUGCUAUUUGCGAAGGAGACAGUGAAGAUAUAGCUGAAACGCAAAGUGAGAUCGGGCAGCACAGACGCAGGAAAGUCGAGGUCGAAACGCUGCGAGCAUUUUUGUAUUAA